ACCAACCGCACUCACGGCAAGGGCUUUAGUCCAGCCAAGGUCAUCCCCAAGGAUCUCGGGCGAAGCUGUCCCGACUGUUCUCUUAUUAACUCUAGUCUCGUCAGCCGAAGUGGACAAGAGUGCGGAUAACCCGAGGAGUGUAUUCCGGAGGGUACAAAAGUGCGCGAGAAGCCACCUUUGCUGAGCCUAUGAAGAAUGGCAUUCAGAGAAAAAGUCUCGUUAUCUUUCAUUGAUCCCUGGCUAUGCAUCUCAACCAUCUUUCGGCUUUGACGAGCGCUGCUGCUCUUCUGUCCUUGACUAGCCACGUCCAAGCGCAGCAGCCAUUCCACGACUGGAAGAAAGCAUACGAUGCUGCCGAACAACAAAUCAUAACAUGGUCCACCGAACAAAAGGCCAACAUAUCUGUCAGAGGUGGCACUGCUCCUGGAUUCGUGCCCUUCGAGCCCAGCGAUGGACCUACAGGUCUAUCCGGCGGACAAGGCGUGUCCGGUUGGAUUGGAGGCCAGACUAUCAGCAGCUCCUGGAACCGGUCCCUGGUGGCAGACCAGUAUGCGCGUAUGGCUGUGGAAUUUCGCGAGAAGGGGUAUAAUAUGCUGCUGGGCCCGUCCACGGGCCCUCUUGGGAGGAGCCCGUAUGGAUCACGGCUUUGGGAAGGGCUUGGCUCUGAUCCGUAUCUUAACGGGAAGAUGUUUGGGGCAGGAGUGAAGGCUAUCCAGGCGCAGAAUGUGAUUUCUUGCGGUAAACAUUAUAUCGCCAAUGAACAGGAGACCAAUCGUACGUCCUAUGAUAGCGACGACCCUGUGAUGCGGACCUCUAGCAAUCUAGAUGAUAGGACUCUACACGAGCUUUACCUCUGGCCCUGGAUUGACGGUGUUGCAAACGGCAUGGGCUCCGUGAUGUGUGUUAUGAACCGAGUCAACGGCGUCAUUGGCUGUGAGAAUGACCAUAUAAUGAACGGUGUAUUGAAGAAUGAGACAGGCUUCCAGGGCCUCAUCGUCCCCGAUGUCACUGCGCCCUUAAACAAAACCGCUGGUCUCCUCGGCGGCCUUGACUGGAACUCAGGAUAUAAUAUCACCGAGAUACUGGCUGCCAUCAGGAAAGGCGAUAUCCCUGAGAGUGUUAUGGCCGAGCACGCCUUAAGAAUCGUGGCGACGCAGCUUAACCUCCUCGAGGCCCCCGAGCAGUAUCCAUCGCCUUCGGACACAGAGACCCUCAACGUCCGAGACCCCGAUAGCAAGCACUUCAUCCGCAGAGCAGGAACAGAAUCCAUCGUCCUUCUAAAGAACAAAAACGAAACCCUACCGCUCCGCAACCCUAUCUCCAUCGGAAUCUUCGGCAAAGACGCAGGAAACCUCGCAACCGGCCCAAGCCCUAAGUCGAACUUUGCUACCUUCGAGGGAGACACCUACGAUGGACACCUCAUCACCGGUGGCGGAAGCACCUCACCUGCGCCGUAUGCUAUUUCGCCCUUGGACGCCCUUACUGCAAGGGCUGCAGAGGGCAGCGGGUUUAACUAUAGAUAUAUCCUUUCGGAUAACUGGACAGUCACGCCUCCGCCGUCCACAGGCGAUGGCUUCUUCCAGAGCUUCGAGGUCUCUGUCUCUGAAUAUGCUUCGAUGUCGGAAUACUGUCUUGUUUUCAUCAAUGCUUUUGGCAAAGAGGGCGCAGACCGACGCACCCUUGCUGACCCGGUUGGCGACCAGCUCGUCAACGAUGUUGCUGAUUACUGCAGUAGGACGAUUGUGGUGAUGGAUAACGCUGGGGUUAGACUUGUUGACGCCUGGAUCGACCAUCCGAAUGUUACAGCCGUUCUCAAUGCAGGAGCCCUAGGCCAGGAAAGCGGAAAUUCCAUCGUGGACAUCCUCUUCGGCGACGCAAAUCCCUCAGGGAAACUCCCAUACACUAUCGCGAAGAACGCAAGCGACUACAACGGGCAGAUCUGUGAGUGCUGCGAGUGCGACUACACAGAGGGUCUGUAUAUCGACUAUCGCCAUUUCGAUCAGGCAGGCAUCGAGCCGCGGUAUGAGUUCGGGUUUGGGCUUUCUUAUACAACAUUCAACCACUCCAACCUGGAUAUUGUAUUCACUUCAGGGUCUGAUACAGAUGCCCUGGGUCCAUACGCCACCAGCUCGACAAUACCAGGCGGUCCUUCAGAUCUAUUUGACCAAAUCCUAACCAUAUCUGCCGAUAUCACGAACACAGGCAAUGUAGCCGGAGCAGAGGUUGCACAGCUGUACCUUGCCUUCCCGGAGGCUGCAAAGGCACCAGUGCGCCAAUUACGGGGGUUUCAAAAGGUAUACCUGGAGCCCGGGGAGACGCAGACGGUUGCGUUUCCUAUUCAGCGGCGGGAUUUGAGUAUUUGGGACUCGGAGAAACAGGGAUGGGCGAUUGAAGGAGGAAGUUUUACUGCAUGGCUUGGGAGGAGUAGUCGGGACUUUACGGGGAAGGCCGAUUUUAAUGUUUUCACAGCUUAAGUGCUGCCUAAGUAGGGCUGGACGAGUGGUCUGGCCGGGGUAGCAAGUUUCUGAAUAGGAUUAUGAGGCACUUCGGAGGGUUAUUGUGUGGGGAUUGCAAGCAAGAGGAUUAAAGAAGUGAAUUGGAUACGUCUACCGGAUAUGAGUGAUCCCAAAGGCCAUUGUAUAAUGUAAAAAGGACGAACGAGCGGCAUUUGAUCGCAUUGAUCUCACAGCAAUACCGCCCACUGCUCGUCGCAAUCCUCUUCUGCCUAUACAACUUGUGUGACCGUGGCCGUCUCGACAACUACUACAGUCUCUUGAUUCGAGUUCGAUUUCGGAUUCCCUCCCUGGC